CUGAGGAGCCGGGGUCGCUUGGUUGUGGUGCCUGCGUCCAGUCCCGCGCAGGUAGGAGCCGCCUCUCUGCACGCGUUUCUGCAUGGCCGCUGCUGUCGCUUUCUGCUUGGCCCGGAGCCUGCGGCCGCGCCCGGUCUGGGGGGCGAGUAGGACAGUGCAUGCUGUCUGUUUACCUGUAAUUCAUCUGCAUACGACUGGAGCUGCCAUGCGAGUCAGUCAGGAAGAUUUUGAAAAGGCUAAAGAUCAGCUGAAGCUUUUGAAGGAGGACCCUGGUAAUGAAGAAAAGUUGAAGCUCUAUGCAUUGUUUAAACAGGCUACCGAGGGUCCCUGCAGUUCUCCGAAGCCUGGCAUGCUUGACUUUGUCAAAAAGGCCAAAUGGGAUGCAUGGAGUUCACUUGGCAGUUUGUCUAAGGACAGUGCCAGACAGAAAUAUGUUGACCUUGUGUCAAGUUUGGUCUCUUCUGAGUCUUCUAGCCAGGUGAAAGAUACUACUCCUGACAGCAAACAUGGAUAUGAAACCCUACAGGUUACCACCACAGACCACAUCACUAAGAUAAUGCUAAACCGCCCUGAGAAGAAAAAUGCUAUCACCACACAGAUGUAUAAAGAAAUUAUUCAAGCUCUUGAAGAAGCUGCCAAGGAUGACUCAGUCAUAACUGUAAUAACAGGAAAUGGGGAUUAUUACUGUAGUGGAAAUGACCUGAAUAACUUUACCAAUAUCCCAUCUGGUGGAAUAGAGAAGAUGGCAAAAGAUGGUGCAGUAUUACUCGAAAACUUUGUCAAGCAUUUUAUUGAUUUCCCUAAGCCAUUGAUUGCAGUGGUGAAUGGUCCAGCUGUUGGAAUCUCUGUAACUCUUCUUGGACUCUUUGACAUUGUCUAUGCUACCGACAGGGCCACGUUUCACACCCCAUUUAGUGAACUCGGCCAGAGUCCAGAAGGAUGUUCUUCUUACAUGUUUCCAAAGAUAAUGGGCUUAUCCAAGGCAAACGAAAUGCUUCUUUUCAACAAGAAGUUGACUGCAGGGGAAGCAUAUGCCCAGGGACUUGUGACGGAGGUUUUCCCUGACAGGACUUUUGAAAAGGAAGUUUGGAUAAGACUUAAAGCUUAUGCAAAUCUCCCCAAAAACUCCUUGGCUCUGUCAAAGCAGUUAAUACGAGGUGUGGAAAAGGAGAAGCUGCAUGCAGUUAACUGUCAAGAGUGUGAACGCCUCAGGGAAAGGUGGUUAUCUGACGAAUGCAUGGAUGCUGUUAUGAGCUUCUUUGGGAAGAAAUCAAAACUCUAAUUUUUAUUGUUGGUGGUGAUCAGACUCCUGAAGCUCAUCUGUUUGUCCUCACUGAAAGGAUUUUAAUAAGUGAAUACUCUUUUUGGGGGGUAAAUCCUCGUUGUGCCUUUUUAUUGAUGUUGAUUAUUACUGUAUUAAUUAUUGUAUAGAAACAAUUUAAUAAAAAUGUUGUUAACUUGUAA